CUAAGGUCAAGCCGCGCGAGCACAAACAGGGGCCACUUGUAGCGUCGGACAACGCCAGAGCGGACCAUCAUGUCUCUUCAAGGUCCUGCCCCCAAAACAGACGAGUUCUGGUUGUUUGGCUAUGGAAGCCUGAUCUGGAAACCACCACCACAUUUUGACAGGAGAAUUCCAGGCUGGGUGACAGGCUAUGUCCGGAGGUUCUGGCAAGCAAGCCAAGACCACCGCGGCACUCCGGAAGCCCCGGGGCGCGUUGUAACCCUCAUAGAACGAUCCUAUUGGGAAAAGCUCGCAGACCAUCAUGAUUCGGCGCCGGACAAGGUCUGGGGCGUGGCUUACCGCAUCAUUCCCGAGUAUGUGGCCAAGGUCAAAGAGUACCUCGACAUCCGCGAAAUAAACGGAUACACGAUCCACUACACGCCUUUCCACCCAGCCACGGGCAUCGACCCGGCUCUCUUGCCGCAACAUGGCCCCUUCCUGACGCUUGUCUACAUCGGCACACCGGAUAACGAGCAAUUUGUCGGACCACAAGACCCGCAGAAGCUGGCAGAGCACAUCUAUCGCUCUGAGGGUCCCAGCGGGCUGAACCGGGACUACCUGCUGGAGCUCGAGAAGGCUCUCAACGUGCUCAGCCCAGAGAGCGGGGAUGAACACGUCACGGAUCUGGCAAACCGAGUCCGGGCGAUUGCGGCUCGCGAAAGGAAGAGGGAGACAGGCAUCCAGACUGACAACGCAAUCCUGAGUUCGCAGUUUCCUGUUGUUGUCAGUCCGGAACAAGCGCAGCAGCGUCAUCAUCACGACUUCAGGAGAGGCAGCAGCAUAGAUGAGCAAGAAGAGACAGAGAAGACUUCGUAAACGAAGUGAAAACAGAACGCGCAAUACUCAACGAAAAGAAAGAAGCGGUUACGAUUUUUCUCCUCCUACUUUUCCCUUUCCGCCUGGCCAGCAAUCAGGUAUCCUCACUUUUGAUGCCUCCAUAUUUUCAUCACCCU